AUGUAUCUCCCUAUAAAUAUCGCAACCAGCAUCCAGCACAUUCAGCGCCGAGACACCGCAUUUACCAUGAACAACAUCCUUCCGGAUGUAACCCUAGAUGCAGCGGGUCUCGUGGCGAUAGCCGAAAUAACAGCUGUCGCUCAACGAACUAUCCUGACUGGUACUUCCAUAUAUUCAGACUCGCUGAUUCUAUGUCCUGGGCUACAUCGACAGCAAUCAGCACCGGACCUGAAUGGCGGCGAGUAUCCGGCUGUGGCCGCUAUGACUAGCGGUUAUGUCUUUCGUGUAGAGAAUCCGGCGACUGCAUCAUUCCUCCAAAGACACGGGCUGACCGGCCAUCUCGUUACGCUCGAGGUACUCCCAAAUACUGACGGGAGGAAGGCGUUCAGCUGGAAAGCAAAAGAUCUAGCGCCUCAUAUAUUUUAUUGGCUCUCCGCAAUUUUGUCUCCAGUCGUGCUAGUCUUUUUCCUCUAUAUUCGUGAAUGGUGGGGUGUGUUCUGUCUUCUAGUUCUCAUGUUUGCUCGCUUGUGCAAUGUCUUUGUCAUUCGCCGUCGUACCAGAGAUGUAGGUUGGAAAGGCGCUUCUGAGCCUGGCGUACGGGGAGACCUUCUGAUACUCCUCAGUGGUGAUUGCUGGGUCAGAAUGCAGGGUGCCGUCGAUGACCUCAAAGCCGUCACAUCAGGCAAAUGGUGGCGCGAAAGAACCAUGGCCGAGGACUGUCUGACCGCGCUCGCGACGGUAUUGGUUUAUGUCAACACCGCCUUGGUGAGCAACAUCAGAACGUUCAAUCAGAUAAUCAUCUUGAUCAUGUUUGUGCUCUCUGCGGCGUUAUUGUUCCUUGCCAACAUUACGACUCGAGCGAUGCACAUGUAUGGAAGGAGGAUCCAAGUAAAGGGAAAGCCGAAGAAGUAUUACCGACGACGAGAUAUGGCCGACGAAUUGAUUGCGGAGUCGGGGCGGAAGGAUUGGGCAAGGCGUUUGGGAUUGAUUGUCGAGGGCGAUGGUGUUGACAACAGCCCUGUCAUUAUGUGA